AUGCAUGAAUUGAAACUUUGGUAUCCCAGAAGUCUCCAGGAUCGUCCUUGCAAGCCUCGCAAGCCUCGCCGACUAGUCUCCAGCCAUGCGCCCCCAGAUCCCACCCUCGAUAUGCCCGUCAUGCCUCUUCCGAGUCACCACAGCACGCCCGGCCGCUUUCACCACGGCACCAAUGCCGGCCGUGGCUGCGCAACGGCUCUACUCUGGGCGUCCGAGAGCCGGGCCUUCGAGAAUGGUGCUGUCGGACCGCAGCAGGCAACACCCGGCCCCUUCGGUGGCAUGAACCGGACGACCGCUCCCGCCGACCUCAGCCGGCCGGGCUUUUCGAAACGACCUCCAAACCGGCCGACCAGCGGAUCCCGCGGCGACAGCAACAAGGGGGACAAGAAGGACGAGCGGAGGACCAAGGCGAUGAAGAUGCAGAACGCCCUCACGACGGUCUCGUACGGGCAGCGGACACGCACCAAGGCGAUCAUGAGCGAGCUGGAAUCGUUUGACCAGCUGACGCUGGGCCCUGCAAUAAAGGAGGCCAUCUCGGGCGAGGUCCUCAAGGGCAUGGUCGACCUCAAGCCCACGCCGGUCCAGCGACUUGCUAUCCCCGCGCUGCUCGGGCAGGAGCUGGGCCGCAAGUUCAGGUCGUCCAAAGCGAAGCCCGCACGGCAAGAGUUUCUCCUCGCGGCCGAGACUGGCUCCGGCAAGACGCUCGCAUAUCUCCUGCCUGUCGUCCACGCCAUCAAGGAGGCCGAAGCGGCCGAUCCCGCCAUCCAGGAGUAUCGCGAGUACUUCUCCAAGCAGAUGGAGGCCAUGAAGCAGCCCGACUAUACCGGCCCCCGCGACUUUGAGCCGCACCCGACUGCGGCUCGGCCAAAGGCCGUUAUCCUGGUUCCGACCGCCGAGCUGGUCGACCAGGUCGGCAUCGUGACCAAGGCUCUCUCGCAUGCCGUCAAGUUCAAGGCUGCGCGCUUCUCGGCCGAUGUCUCUGCCAAAGUCAUCAACCGGGAUAUGUAUGCCCCCGGCGGCAUUGAUCUCAUCGUGGCCACUCCCCAUCUGCUGGCGUCGAUGGCGGACUCGGAUCCAAACAUCCUCUCGCGGGUCAGCCACCUUGUCAUUGACGAGGCCGAUUCCCUCUUUGACCGUAGCUUUUCGCCAGUCACAACAUCCAUCCUCGACCGCGCCCUCCCGUCCGUGAAGCAGCUCAUUCUGUGCUCAGCCACCAUCCCCAAGCGGCUCGACAACCUUCUCAACUCACAGUUCCCCGACAUGCACCGCAUCACCACGCCAAACCUCCAUGCCAUUCCACGCCGCGUGCAGCUCGGCGUCAUCGACGUGUCCAAAGACCCCUACCGCAACAACAAGGACCUCGCCUGCGCCGACGCUAUCUGGUCGAUCGGCAAGGACGCAGCGCGCCACGAGGGCCCCGCCUCGUCGGACGGCGAGAUGGACGUGAAGCGCAUCAUGGUCUUUGUCAACGAGCGCGAGAAGACGCAGGAGGUCGCCGACUAUCUGCGAUCCAAGGGCAUCGACGCGGUCGCUCUGCACCGCGACACCUCGGAGCAGCGCCAGUCCGAGAUGCUCAGCUCCUUCACCACGAAAGAACCCUUACUCACUACCAGACCCGCAUCCGAUGAAGCCAUCGCGACGGACCUCGCGUCCCGCGGCAUCGACACCCUCGCGGUCCGGCACGUCAUCCUCUACGACGUGCCCCACACGACCAUCGACUUCAUCCACCGCCUCGGCCGCGCGGGCCGCAUGGGCAGGCGCGGACGGGGCAUCGUGCUCGUCGGCCGUGCCGACCGCCGUGACAUUGUCGCCGAGGUCCGCGAGAGCAUGUACAUGGGCCAGGCCCUCAUCUAA